AAAUGUAAAACCACUCGAACUUAUUUCACGUUUUGCGGCCGACCAUAGACUUUUGGGCAGGCGACAGUUGCGCACAGCCGUCCUGGUCCGACGAUGCGACACCGGACACAUGAGCACAUCAAGCUGUCAAUGCCCGCGCCGCGGCGACCUUGCGCAUGAACCCGGACACACGCGCACGGCCAUCGCGGCGCAGACAUUGACCGGACCAUGGGUCUCGCUCGCCUCCUGGCAGACUCGUCACCACCAUGCGCGCCGGUCACCACCAUGCUCGCCGGACACCACUCGACCGGACCUGUCCUUUGUGUUGGACGGCAACAAAGGCCGGUACGCUCUGUGGCCCAAGAAGGCCCUCGACAAGUUCCGUCACGUCGGGUGCCCCCGGCAAGCAGCCAUGAAGAUGAGGUAUGUGUGCGUUUGUGAUGACAACUCAAUGACUAUUCCAUUUGCUAGAACCUGCACCAAGUCCCUGUGGAAGGCACAGUCCGAACUUGUGGCGUAAUGGAAGCGCGCCUGCUUGCAGGAGGUCUGGGUUCGAUUCCCAGCAAUGCCAUGGCUUUUGUUGUAGCUUUGGUAUCUUUGUGAGAUUUACUGUGAACCCAUACGCUCUCGUGUUUGGUGAUUGCACUUGCUUCUUGGCGUGGUGUGAUUAUAAAGGGUGCAUGAAGGUCGUGGUGGCGAUUGAGUGACAGAGGCAUCGAAGUGUUUUGGCAUUUUACAUGAUAAGCAGACUCUCAAAAUAUAUAUUUGCAUGAUAAUAUUUCACGAGUGUAGGAAGAGACUCUCAAAACAAAUAUUUUCUAUAUAAUAUUUCACGAGACUUAUCUUUAAACGAUACGGUACGGGUUGUUUUGCAUCAUGCUACAUGGGCAUCACCGGAGUACGGAACAUUUGAACCAUCAUGAGCCCACCAAACGAUGUACUUUUGGGGAUAUGUAUUUGCAUCAGUUGAUGUAGUCAUGCUUGGCACGCUAUAGGGACGAUCGUUCUCCCUGGUGAUGACACCACCUCGGAAUUCCAUUUUUUUCGUCACAAUUCGACGAAUCCUGUUGCUCAUAACACUGACUUUCAUCGGGUGCCCGGGGUUCGAAUCCCGGUGAGUUCAAUUAUUUUUCUACGAAAAUAACAAGGCGAAAAAAAACAAAUAUAAAUUGCAACCAAAACUUAAUGCAAACAUGAUAGCACUUUCUCGAGAGUGUAGGUUUCCUCGGGAAAGACAUCCAAGUGUCGGAAAUGCACUGGGAUUGACCACAACAGGGCCACAUGCAGCAAACACAGCGCCAGCGAAGAGGCUGCUCAACCUGCACUGCCGGCUGGUUCGUCGUACGACGGCUUUCAUCGAGUUGCCGUGUAUGCGCCUAUGAACAUGGCAGACAUUCUCCACGAGAAUUCGAGUGAUCACGAUCAACCUGAAGUCACCAGUAACUCGACUGACGAACAAUCCUCAUUACGUGCAGCACAAUAAGACCAAAACAACUUUGAAUCCAUAACAAAACUUUAC